AUGCAUUUCUUCCGAGCAAUCCUACAAUUACUGCUCCUAAUUACCACCGUAUCGGCAGAAACAUUCAUCAAUCCACUCAAGCAAACCGACGGCAGUGACCCGUUUAUCGUAUAUGAAGAUGGAUACUACUACUUGACCACGACAACAUGGACAGAUAUCCAAAUUACACGAGCUACAACACUUGAAGGUCUCAAGGCAGGCGAAGUGAAAACCGUCUGGACAGAUGAAACAGCUUCGAGGUGUUGCAACGUCUGGGCACCAGAAAUCCACCAAAUUAAUGGCGUAUGGUACAUCUUCUACACAGCCGGCAGCAGCGACACUCUAGACGACCAACGCUCUUUCGUCCUAAAGGGCGGCUCCUCUCCCUGGGACACAUACAGCUAUCUCGCACAAUUAACACCAGAAUGGGGCAUAGAUGGAACAGUGCUCAGAUUAGACAGCAAAAACUACUUCGUCUGGUCCUGUAUGGUGGACAGCCUUCAAUCCCUCUGCAUCGCCACACUCGAUGACCCAUCCACGCUCGGAACAACGUACACCCUCUCCAAGCCAACCGAGGACUGGGAAACGGUCGAAGUACCAGUAAACGAAGGCCCUGCGCCACUGUAUCACGAUGGGAAAACGUGGCUAGCCUACUCAGCCUCCUACUGCUGGACAGCCAACUACUCGCUCGGGCUCCUCACGUACGACGGCGCAGGCGACCCGCUUGAGGCAACCUCAUGGACGAAAUCCGGUGGUCCGGUAUUCAUCUCUGCCAAUGGCAAUUAUGGAACGGGUCAUAAUGGAUUCUUCAAUAGCCCAGAUGGCACACAAAUCUGGAACGUGUUCCAUGCCGAAUCGAACCCCGAAGGAGCCUGCGAUGGAACCCGAUACACGAUGGCCUUAGAGGUUGAUUGGAACUCUGACGGGACUCCAAAUUUCGGCAGCGCACCUGCAUUAGAUACAGUGCUUGAGGGACCUUCGGGGGAAUAG